GUAGCUGGAAUAAAGAAGCUCUACAACGAAAAACUUGCUAGCUAUCGUGCUCCUGAUAAUCUCUACAAAUUCACAGAGUUUGAAAACAACAAGGACAAAAACCGCUUUUUGGAUGUGGUUUGCCUGGAUCAUUCUCGUGUUGUUUUACACUUCGAGGUGCCCCCAUGUUCAAAUUAUAUUCACGCAAACUGGGUUCGCUUUGAGAAACACGAUCGAGUAUUCAUUGCAACACAGGCUCCAAUGGAGAACACAAUCGAGGACUUUUGGAGAAUGAUAUUCCAGGAAUCAUGCAAUGCUAUUAUUAACCUUACAAAUGACGCAGAAGAUACAGACAGGGUAGUACCGUAUUUUCCAGAUAAGCCUGGUGCAUUCACUAAUUACGGCCGAAUGUUUGUUAACACUAAAAAGAUGGAUGAAGAGACUCGUUUUACUGUAUACACGCUCGAAGUACUGCCAGACGGUUGCUCCAACAGUCUUCUAUUGAAGUUGAUUAGAGCGAAGAGCGACACAGGAAAAUCGCCCUCUACAACGAUGAUUUUACGAAUGCUUCGAAUUGUCGGAACGUCAGAGCGUGUUGCCACCGGACCAGUUGUUGUGCACUGUGUGUCUGGUGUUGGUCGAGCUGGUACGGUAAUACUCAUCGAUGUCAUUCUUCAACGAUUGUUCACUAACCAAUUACCAGUAGAUAUGGUCCGAGAGAUGGCUUUCACUCUAUGCCAGAUAUGCGUAUCUGCAGUAGAGUGA